GAGCUUUGUCUGGCGAAGCGUUCGGCUGUGCAAUGUGUCCCAUCUGCUGUACGCUUCUCCUUAUAGCAGGGUUUUUGGUACUGGUCUACGUAUUCCUCACCUGGAAUUUUGACUACUGGAGAAAGAGGGGCAUCGAAACAGCUGAAUCAUGGCCAUUUGUGGGCAGUUUUCCCAGCAUGUUUACCAAAAAGCGUAACGUUGCCUACGACAUCGAUGACAUCUAUCAGCAGUACAAGGAAACCGACAACAUGGUGGGUGUGUUCACCACGCGACGUCCCCAGCUGCUGGUGCUAUGCCCGGAAUAUAUAAACAAGAUUUAUGCUAGUGACUUCCGUUGCUUCCGCGACAAUGAAAGAGGAAAUUUCGUGGACAAGAAGGUGGACAAGAUUCUGGGCAACAAUCCUUUCGUCCUGAAAGGCGAUGAAUGGAAGGAAAGAAGGGCGGAAAUCACGCCGGGCUUGUCGCUCAAUCGAGUCAAGGCCGUGUAUCCAGUGUCGCAGAGUGUUUGUAAACAGUUUGUAGAAUAUAUAAGAAGACAGCAGCGCAUGGCCAACUCCGAGGGAUUGGACGCCAAGAGACUGUCCCUCUGCUACACCACCGAAGUGGUGUCCGACUGCGUCCUGGGCAUAUCCGCACAGAGCUUUACGGACACCCCAACUCCCCUGCUGGCAGUAAUCCAGCGGGUGUUUAACUCAUCCUUCAAGUUCAUCUUGUACGGCGUGCUAGCCAACAUCUGGCCCCCAAUUCGCAGGUUCUACAGUUUACCCUUGUUCAACAAGGAGGCGGAGGAGUUCUUCUUCGACCUCAUGGGGAGGUGCAUCGCAUUAAGGCGAGAGAAAGUUGAACAGCAGCGCGAUGACUUCCUCAACUACAUGCUGCAGUUGCAGGAGAAGAAGGGUCUGGCUGACUCCGAGCUCACCGCUCAUACGAUGACUUUCCUCACUGAUGGAUUCGAGACCACAGCUUUGGUGCUAUCGCAUACCCUCUUAAUGCUGGCUCGUCAUCCCGAGCAGCAGCAAAAGGUGCGGGAUGAGAUUGGCAAGGCGGAACUGAGCUUCGAGCAGUUGACCGAACUGCCCUACCUGGAAGCCUGCAUUCAUGAGACAUUGCGUUUGUUUUCGCCACAGUUGACUGCUCGCAAACUGGUAACCGAGCCAUAUGAAUUUGCCAACAAAAAUGGCUCCUUCUUGCGAUUGCAUCCCGGAGACGUGGUCAUCAUACCCGUAAAUUCCCUGCACCACGAUCCCCAGUAUUAUGAAAACCCGCAUAUGUUUAAGCCAGAGCGAUUCCUUGAAGCCAAUGGCGGUGUGAAAAAGUAUCGUGAUCUGGGUGUGUACCUUCCAUUUGGCAAUGGACCUCGCAUUUGUCCAGGCAUCCGAUUUGCUUUAACUCAACUCAAGGCAGCUCUGGUGGAGAUCGUAAGAAAUUUCGAGAUCAGCGUUAACUCCAAGACGCGAUCGGAUAAUCGGUUGAGUGACACUUUUUAUUGGGCCACUCUCAAGGGCGGUAUUUGGCUAGAAUUUAUGGAGCGAUAUAUGCAACAGGUAGACGAACCUUCUGACCACAUAAGUUCAAAUGAAAUGAUUGCGGCUGCUCAACUGACCUCCAGUUCGUUUGCAUCCGCGUUGGCGAGCGGUUGUGUCAUGUGUCCGAUUUCCACGGCUCUUUUUUCGAUUGCGGCCAUUCUGGCCUUGAUCUAUGUCUUCCUGACCUGGAACUUUAGCUACUGGAAGAAGAGGGGCAUUCCUACGGCGAAGUCAUGGCCUUUUGUGGGCAGUUUUCCCAGCAUUUUCACACAGAAGCGCAACGUGGUCUACGACAUGGAUGAGAUCUAUGAGCAGUACAAGAACACCGAUAGCAUUGUGGGAGUGUUCCAAACCAGGAUUCCACAACUAAUGGUCACCACUCCAGAAUAUGCGCACAAGGUAUUUGUUAGCGACUUCCGCAGCUUCCACGACAAUGAGAUGGCCAAGUUUACCGACACCAAGAAGGAUCCCAUUCUGUCGAACAAUCCCUUCAUAUUGACUGGUGAGGCCUGGAAAGAAAGACGCGCUGAGGUCACACCCGGACUUUCGGCAAAUCGGGUGAAAGCUGCCUAUCCCGUCUCGCAGCGCGUUUGCAAAAAGUUCGUGGAAUAUAUAAAGCGACAGAGCCUAAUGGCCGCCUCCCACGGACUAAAUGCCAAGGAUAUCUGCUUGUGCUACACCACCGAAGUGAUUUCCGAUUGUGUCCUGGGCAUUUCCGCCCAGAGUUUCACGGAUAAUCCCACACCGAUGGUUGGAAUGACGAAGCGCGUCUUCGAACAGUCUUUCGGCUUUAUCUUUUACACGGUGGUCGCCAAUCUAUGGCCACCAAUCACGAAGCUCUUCAGCGUUUCGCUUUUUGCCAAGGACGUGGCUGAGUUCUUUUACGACAUCAUGAGGAAGUGCAUCCAGGUGCGGCGGGAAAGUCCGGCGGCACAGCAGCGAGAUGACUUCCUCAACUACAUGCUGCAGUUGCAGGAGAAGAAGGGACUGGAUGCGUUGGAGCUGACCUCGCAUACCAUGACAUUUCUAACGGACGGAUUCGAGACCACCGCACAAGUGCUUACCCACACUCUCCUUUUCCUGGCCCGCAAUCCCGAGGAGCAGCGGAAAUUGAGGGAGGAGGUCGGUACCGCCGAGCUGUCCUUUGAACAGAUAAGCGAGCUGCCCUUCACUGAAGCCUGCAUCCAUGAAACCUUGCGAAUUUUCCCACCUGGCUUGGCUGCCCGCAAGGUGGUAACGGAGCCCUACGAGAUUGCGAACAAAAAUGGAGUAAGCGUGAAACUGAACCCCGGAGAUGUUGUCAUCGUUCCAAUUAACGCCUUGCACAACGAUCCCCAAUACUACGAGGACCCUCAAUCCUUCAAGCCAGAGCGAUUCUUGGAUGGUGGAGCCAAGAAGUACAGAGAUCAGGGUGUAUACUUUGGUUUUGGCGAUGGACCACGCAUUUGUCCCGGUAUGCGCUUUUCACUCACCCAAAUCAAGGCAGCCCUGGUCGAGAUCGUGCGAAACUUUGACAUCAAGGUUAAUCCCAAAACGCGCAAGGAUAAUAUAAUAGAUGAUACCUACUUUAUGGCUGCCUUGAAAGGCGGCGUUUGGCUGGACUUUGUUGAGCGCAAAUAGUUAUUCAACAUUAAUACAUUAUAUAUUAGAUAUAGUUUAGAUACAGUUGCAUACAUAGUAUAUUUCAAAACACCGAUAA